CGUAAACCCGAAAGACAAAUAGUAAACAUGAUUUUGAUUUAUUAUUGGCAUACUUACCAUGAAAUGUUAAUGAAAUAGGAUAACAUUAAUGUCUCUUGCUGCACCACUUUUGGAUGAUGACACGCUGGAGUUCGGGGAGGAGGAGGAGGUACAAACAAAUAGCAAAUCGCUGAAACAUCCAUAUGUAACAUUUUUCCACCUGGCCUUCAGAGUAUCAGCAGUUCUGGUAUAUAUGCUAUGUGGCUUGUUUAAGAAUAGUUUCAUUGCAAGUUUUGUUACUGUUGUCCUUCUUCUGUCAAUGGAUUUUUGGACAGUAAAGAAUAUAACAGGACGACUAAUGGUUGGUCUGCGCUGGUGGAAUUAUAUUGACGAUGAUGGGAAAUCACACUGGGUAUUUGAAGCAAGAAAGGGCAUCCAACAGAACAGAGUAAACCCAUAUGAAGCACAAAUCUUCUGGAUGGCUCUAGUUCUGUGCCCCAUACUCUGGGUUAUUUUGUUCUUAAUUGGCCUGUUUGGCCUUAAUUUCAAAUGGCUGUUAUUAGUGUGCAUAGCUAUUGUGUUGAAUGGCGCUAAUCUCUACGGAUACAUCCAGUGUAAGAUUGGACAUGGUCAGAAAUUAAGCACCUCUCUUACGAAUAUGUCAACAGACUUCUUCAGAAGACAAGUAAUUCAGAAUGUAGCAUCAAUGAUGACCAGACCUAGUCCGCCCACAAGUAAUAUGCCAGGACAAACGAACGUAAUAUGAAUCACCAUGUCAUCAGAUCAGUGAAAUAUAUACCACAUGUUUGUGCUGGGUGAAAUGAUAUAUAUUUCACAUACAUUGACUUUAUUCCUAAUUGCAACUGUGAUGUUUUAGUUUGUGUAAUUAAUUUUUAUUUACAAAAAUACAAAAAUAUUCCGGUCUAGAACCACGAGAUUAACGACCGUGGGUAUC